CAAGAUGGCUGAAGUGCCCAUUGUGCUCGAUGGCGGAACGGGUUUCCUCAAGGCUGGCUACGCCGGUCAGGUACGCCAGCAACCAACACACGUCCAUAUACCUUGGAACACAUACUGAGAUGGCCACGCCAUACAGAACUUCCCCGAACAACAGUACCCAUCCAUCGUCGGUCGUCCGAUCCUCCGUACCGAAGAGCAGGCCGGUCUGGACAUGCAGCUCAAGGACAUCAUGUGUGGUGACGAGGCAGCCGCCGCCAGAUCCAUGCUUCAGAUCACCUAUCCUAUGGAAAAUGGUAUCGUCAAGCGCUGGGACGACAUGCAACACCUGUGGGACUACACCUUCUACGAAAAGAUGAAGGUCGACCCUACUGGCCGCAAGAUCCUCCUCACCGAACCGCCAAUGAACCCGCUGAAGAACCGCGAGAUGAUGGCUGAGGUCAUGUUCGAACGCUACAACUUCGGUGGUGUCUAUGUCGCCAUUCAAGCCGUGCUCGCUCUCUACGCCCAGGGUCUGUCUUCUGGUGUCGUUGUAGACAGCGGUGAUGGUGUCACUCACAUUGUUCCCGUCUACGAGAGUACCGUCCUCAACCACCUCACCCGCAGACUCGAUGUCGCCGGAAGAGACGUCACACGCAACCUCAUUUCCCUCCUCACCCGCCGUGGUUAUGCCCUGAACAGAACCGCCGACUUCGAGACCGUCCGCGCAAUCAAGGAGAAGCUUUGCUAUGUCUCCUACGACCUCGCACUUGACAAGCAACUCAGCGAAGACACUACCGUCCUCGUCGAAUCCUACACCCUCCCCGACGGCCGCGUCAUCCGCGUCGGCUCGGAGCGCUUCGAAGCCCCAGAAUGUCUCUUCCAACCCCAUCUCGUCGACGUCGAACAACCCGGUAUCGCCGAAUUCCUCUUCAACACCAUUCAAGCCGCCGAUGUCGACGUGAGAUCAAGUCUGUACAAGGCUAUCGUGCUUUCGGGUGGAAGCAGCAUGUACCCCGGUCUUCCUAGCAGAUUGGAAAAGGAACUCAAGCAACUCUGGCUUACCAGAGUCUUGCAAGGCAACCCCGAGAGAUUGAGCAAAUUCAAGGUCAGGAUAGAAGACCCGCCGAGAAGAAGGCACAUGGUCUUUUUGGGAGGUGCCGUCCUCGCCAACAUUAUGGCCGACAAGGAAAGCAUGUGGAUCUCAAAGCAAGAGUGGCAAGAACAGGGUGCUCGCGCUCUGGACAAGUUGGGCGCCCGAUGAACAAGUCGCCUCUCUCUCCAUACAAAUAUUUAACGAAACACAACAUCAUUACAU